CCUCCCUUCAUGAAUAAAUAAAUGUGAGAUUUUUUCACUUUUCCAUGUUGGUGGGCUAAGCUUAUUAUAUAAAGAAGAUGUAUGUAUGUAGUAGUUCCCCCCAUUACUACUACUACUAUUGAUUAAGAGAUUUGAUUUGAUUUGAUUUAAUUUGAUAUAUGAUGGAAGAACAUCUAACUCCAUUGGCGGUUACACAUCUUCUUCAACACACUCUUAGAAGCUUGUGCAUCCAUGACAAUUCUCAGUGGGUCUAUGCUGUUUUCUGGAGGAUCCUCCCCAGAAACUACCCUCCACCAAAGUGGGAGGGUCAAGGGGCUUAUGAUAGAUCAAGAGGAAACAGAAGGAACUGGAUAUUGGUGUGGGAAGAUGGAUUCUGCAACUUUGCAGCGUCAGCAGCAGCACCUGAAAUAAACUCUGGCCUGCAACCAGAGCUGUUCUUCAAGAUGUCACAUGAGAUCUAUAACUAUGGUGAAGGGUUGAUAGGGAAAGUUGCUGCAGAUCACAGUCACAAAUGGAUAUACAAAGAGCCUAAUGAACAAGAAAUCAACUUCUUGUCAGCGUGGCAUAAUUCAGCUGAUUCACAUCCUAGGACUUGGGAAGCACAGUUCCAAUCUGGAAUAAAGACCAUAGCUCUGAUUGCUGUAAGAGAAGGUGUUGUUCAAUUGGGAGCAGUUCACAAGGUGAUUGAGGACUUGAGCUAUGUGGUUCUACUGAGGAAGAAAUUCAGCUACAUAGAAAGCAUACCAGGAGUUCUUCUACCACACCCUUCAUCUUCUGCAUACCCUUACAAAGUUGAAGGAGUAGUUGGAUAUGGUAACAUCCCAGAACAUGUUAAUCAUCAUCAUCAUCAUUGGCAUCAUCAUUUCCAAGGAACAGUUAUCCCUCCACCAACACCACCAACAACAGCUGAACUCUUCUAUGAUCAUCAUUUCAACAAUGGCAACAGCACCAUGGCAUUGAAGAUUACCCCAUCAAUGAGUAGCCUUGAGGCACUUCUUUCUAAGCUUCCUUCAGUGGUUCCCCCACAAUCACAACAAGAACAAAGGGCGUUGGAGUUGAUGGGGAUUCAGAAAGUUGUAGCAAAAGAGGAGCUUGAUAAUGAUGAAGUUUAUAGGCCUGAGCUUGAUGUUGGUGAGAGUAGCAGUUCCAUGCAUCAAGCCUAUCAUCAUCAUCAUCAUCAACAACAACACCAUUUCCAUCAUCAUAAUAAUAACAAUAAUAAUAAUAAUAAUAAUAAUAAUAAUGUAACUAGUAGUGGAGCCAAUAAUAAUAAUGCAUUCUGAUAUAAUAUAUAUGGUGAUGAGUGUUAUUAGCUAGUGGAAUAUGAAAAAUACUAGUCCUAACCUAUAAUAUAAUGUAGUGAGAGUAUGAUAUAUGAUGAUGAGUUUUUAAUUAAUUAGCUCAAGUGUUACUAGGUUUUGUUAUUGUUGAUGAUGAUGGUAAUAAUAAUAAUAAUAAAAUAAUGAUUAUUAGAUUACUGAGUGUUCUAGAUGCUUCUACAUUAAUAUGUAUAUGAUUGAAGUACUAAUAAGAAACUCUCAUUUCAUUUCAUUUUUCAUGCAUGCG